AUGCCAAGACCUCCAGUCGUCUCUUCAAAUGCCAACGCCGUGCCCUUCCUCCUGCUCCCUACCAUCAACCAGCAGCAGCAGAAGCAGCAGCUCAGGAUGGGCGACGUGGCCAUCGCCACCAUGCAUUUGCAUGACGCUGAGGAGGAGCAGGAACACAUCUUCCGGAGCCGGUUCCCGCCCGUGGCCGUGCCGGACGACGUCACGGUGCCGGAGUUCGUGCUGGCGGGUGCCGAGGCCUACGCGGACAAGACGGCGCUCGUGGAGGCCGCGCCGGGGGGCCGGUCCUACACCUACGGCGAGGUGGCCCGAGACGUGGCGCGGUUCGCCAGGGCGCUGCGCCUCGGGAUCAUGUCCGCCGGCGCGGUCUUCUCCGGCGUGAACCCGCGCGCCGUCGCCGCCGAGAUCAAGAAGCAGGUGGAGGACUCCGAGGCCAGGCUCGUGGUCGCCGACGCGGUGGCCUACGACAAGGUGAAGGACGCGGGCGUGCCGGUGAUCGGCAUCGGGGAUGCUGCGCAGCUUCCCGGCGCGAUAAGCUGGGACGAGCUCCUCGCCGCGGCGGACCGGACGGGCGCGCCGGCGGUGGCGCUGGACCCGGCGCAGCAGUCCGACCUGUGCGCGCUCCCCUACUCGUCGGGGACGACGGGGAUGUCCAAGGGCGUGAUGCUGAGCCACCGGAACCUGGUGUCCAGCCUCUGCUCCUCCAUGUUCGCCGUCGGGAACGAGUUGGUCGGGCAGGUGGUCACCCUGGGCCUAAUGCCCUUCUUCCACAUCUACGGCAUCACCGGCAUCUGCUGCGCCACGCUGCGGCACAAGGGCACGGUGGUGGUGAUGGACCGCUUCGAUCUGCGCGCCUUCCUGGGCGCGCUGCUCACGCACCGCGUCAUGUUCGCGCCCGUUGUGCCGCCGAUCAUGCUGGCCAUGGUGAAGAGCCCCGUGGCCGACGAGUUCGACCUCUCUGGGCUCGCACUCAGGAGGGGGGGGCCGGUGCAGAUCGCCAAGAAGAAGUCGGUCGGGUUCAUCCUGCCCAACCUGGAGGUGAAGUUCGUGGACCCCGACACGGGGCGGUCGCUGCCCAAGAACACGCCCGGGGAGAUCUGCGUGCGGAGCCAGGCCGUGAUGCAGGGCUACUACAGGAGGAAGGAGGAGACGGAGCGCACCAUCGACGCCGCGGGGUGGCUCCACACCGGCGACGUCGGGUACAUCGACGACGACGGCGACGUGUUCAUCGUCGACCGGAUCAAGGAGCUCAUCAAGUACAAGGGCUUCCAGGUUGCUCCUGCCGAGCUGGAGGCCAUCCUCCUGUCUCACCCGUCCGUCGAGGACGCCGCCGUCUUCGGGCUGCCGGACGAGGAGGCCGGCGAGAUCCCGGCGUCGUGCGUGGUGCGGCGGCGUGGCGCGCCAGAGAGCGAAGCGGACAUGAUGGCGUACGUGGCGGGGCGUGUGGCGUCGUACAAGAAGCUCCGGAUGCUGCGGUUCGUGGACGCCAUCCCCAAGUCGGUGUCCGGCAAGAUCCUGCGGAGGCAGCUCAGGGACGACUUCAUCAAGAGGGCCAAGACGGCAGCAGCCUAG